AUGGAGAGGAACCAGGUGAUGGAGAGGAACCAGGUGAUGGAGAGGAACCAGGUGAUGGAGAGGAACCAGGUGAUGGAGAGGAACCAGGUGAUGGAGAGGAACCAGGUGAUGGAGAGGAACCAGGUGAUGGAGAGGAACCAGGUGAUGGAGAGGAACCAGGUGAUGGAGAGGAACCAGGUGAUGGAGAGGAACCAGGUGAUGGAGAGGAACCAGGUGAUGGAGAGGAACCAGGUGAUGGAGAGGAACCAGGUGAUGGAGAGGAACCAGGUGAUGGAGAGGAACCAGGUGAUGGAGGGCAACCAGGUGAUGGAGAGGAACCAGGUGAUGGAGGGCAACCAGGUGAUGGAGAGGAACCAGGCAGACCUGGUGCACCCCGAGGACACGCGGCGGGGGGCCGAUGGCUGGGACUGGGGGCAGUGGGUGGCGGGUUGGGUGAACUGGUCCCCCAAGUCUCCCGGGGAGAAGACUCGCUACGACACCUCGCUGGGGUUGCUCACCAAAAAAUUCAUCCAUUUGCUGAGCGAGUCGCCCGACGGCGUCGUGGAUCUCAACCGGGCGGCCGAGGUGCUGGAGGUCCAGAAACGUCGCAUCUACGACAUCACCAACGUGCUGGAGGGCAUCCAGCUCAUCCGCAAGAAGUCCAAGAACAACAUCCAGUGGAUGGGGACGGGGAUCUUUGAGGACGCGGCGGUGACGGCGAAGCAGCAGGCGCUGCGGGGGGAGCUGGCCGAGCUGGCCAGGACGGAGAGGACGCUGGACCAGCUCCUGCAGGACUGUGCCCUGCAGCUCCGGCAGCUGGCUGACGACGAAGCCAACCAGAGGCUGGCAUACGUCACCUACCAGGACCUCCGCGCCAUCAGCAGCUUCCAGGAGCAGACGGUGAUCGCCGUGAAGGCUCCCCCGGAGACGCAACUGGAGGUGCCGGACUUCAGCGAGGACAACCUCCAGCUCCACCUGAAGAGCACCAACGGUCCCAUCGAGGUGUACCUCUGCCCGGAGGAGAUCGCGGAGGAGAGCCCCACCAAGGACCACGGCAUCUCCUCCGCCGCCACCUCCCCACGGGACCACACUGUACCCCCUUCCCCGCCGAACAGCUCCGGGCCAGCCCCGCAACCGCCCCACGCCGUCCUCCAGAGCUGGGGGGGCACGGGACCCCCCUCCUCACCCCCAUCUCUGCCUCUCACCGUCCCGGGAGGGUCCAGCUCGCUGCUGGAGGUGGAGGCCGGGCUCCUGGGCUCACCCCCACACCUCCUGCAGCAGACAGAGGACCAGCUGCCCUGCACCCCCUCCCACCUGGACUCAGGACCCUUCGUCACCUUCUCGCCCCCCCUGGAACCGGACGACUAUCUCUGGGGGCUGGAGGGUGAGGGCGUCAGUGACCUCUUCGAGGCGUAUGACCUGGGGGACCUGCUGAAGCACUGA